AUGGAGGACUUCUUCCACGGCUCUGUGCUCUGCCACCUCACCUCCCUGCUCCUCUUCAUGCAGCUGCCCACUGGGGAUUUCGCACAGGAGUUCAGUGUGAUCGCCCCCCCGGACCCCGUUGUGGCAGUGCUGGGUGGGGAAGUCCUGCUACCCUGUCGUGUAUCUCCAGCCAUGAGUGCCGAAGACAUGGAGCUGAGAUGGUUCCGCUCCAAGUUUUCAGAAGCUGUGUUCAUCUAUCAAGACCGAUUUGAGCAGAAAGAGGAGCAGAUGGCUGCUUACACAGGGCGGACCUCUCUGGUGAGGGACCUCCUCAACCAGGGAGAAGCUGCUGUGCGUAUCCAGAAUGUCACAGUUUCUGACAAUGGGCUGUACACCUGCUUCUUCAGAAAGGGAGGCUUCUAUGAAGAGGCCAAUUUGGAGCUGAAGGUGGCAGGUGUGGGCUCUGCCCCUCAGGUGCGCAUCACAGGGCCUGAGGAAGAUGGGGUCCGCGUGGUGUGCACAGCCUCGGGGUGGUUCCCGAAGCCCCAGGUGCAGUGGAGAGACCUCAGUGGAGAGAAGUUCCUGGCGUUCUCAGAGGCUCACACCCAGGAUGCUGAAGGGCUGUUCAGUGUGGAGGCGGCUCUGGUGGUGAGAGACAGCUCUGUGGGGAACGUGACCUGCUCCAUCCUCAACCCUGUCCUGGGCCAGGAGAAGGCCAUGGCCAUUUUCAUCCCAGAGCCCUUCUUCCCCCAGGCCUCUCCCUGGAAGGUGGCUUUCUCGGUGAGCCUGACUGUGCUGGUGAUCUUGCUCCUUGGGGCUGGAUGGUACACCAAGAGAGAACAUUCCUCGAAGGUGCAGGAGGUGCGAGAAAAGGAGACUCUGUGCCAGACUAGAGAGCAGGACCAUCAGACAAAGGAGGAAGUGCUCAAGGACGCAGCUAAACUUCAGGAAGAACUUGAGAGGAGGAAAUCUGCUUAUCUCGCUGCCUGGAGGAAGGCCCAGCUAUAUGCAGAUUGGCGGAAGGAGGAGUUCCAGGAAUGGCCUGUCACUCUGGAUCCAGGAUCUGCUCAUUCAGACCUUGUCAUCUCUCAUGAAAAGACACGUGUGACCUUGAAGGUCUCUUCUAACUCUGCAGAUACCUGCAGUGUACUGGGUUUUGAGGGCAUCACAUCAGGGCGCUGUUACUGGGAGGUGGAGAUCAGGGAUGGAGGCCAAAGCGAGUGGGCCCUGGGGGUCUGUAGGGAAGGUGUGAACAGGAAAGGCUGGUACGUCGAGUCCCCAGAAAAGGGUAUCUGGGCUGUGGGGAGAUUUGAAAAAGGAUACUGUUCCUGUACUGCAGAGCAGACUCUGCUGUCCCUCAUGCAGGCUCCCCACCCCAGGCUUAGGGUGGGAGUGUUUCUGGAUUACCAGGAAGGGGACGUCUCCUUCUACAACAUGGCUGAUGGCUCCCACAUUUUCUCCUUCCCUCAGGCUUCCUUCUCUGGGACCCUCUUUCCAUACUUCAUGAUUAGAUCAGGAGACGUGUCCCUGACCGUGUGCUCCAAGGUGGGAGGGUCUGAGGGGCUCCCUGCUGCCCUUAGCAAUCCUUCUCUGGAGGAGCCUGUGAACCUCCCAGGGGCGGGGUUCAGCUCAGGCUCUGGUGCUGAAGGUCUCUCCGGGCCCGAGUCUCCACUGCUCCCUUGCAGUCCUGAGGCUGUGUCCCCCUAG